AUGGUGUUCUAUCCGCCUGCGAGUUCCGGGAAGCUGCCGCAGGUCCCCGAUGAUAUACCAAUAUGCGAUUUCAUGCUGGAUGAGAAGAACGGUCGCGUGCCGUUCGCUUCGUCGAGGGAUCCGUUUGUCUGUGGCAUCACGGGCAGGACGUACUCGAUAUCUCAGGUAGCUGAGCGAGUUGAUGCCCUCUCUCGCGCUCUGGCAAGGGAGUUUGGCUGGCAUCCGAGCCAGGGAACCGAGUGGGAAAAGGUCCUGGGCAUCUACAGUUUCAACUCGAUUGACUACUUGGUGCUAUGCUGGGCUGUACACAGGCUGUCUGGCAUUGUGAGUGCGGCCAACGCAGCGUACUCUGCGCCAGAACUCGCCCAUCAGCUUGUAGACUCUCGCUGCAAGGCCUUAUUCACUUGUGUUCCCUCCUUACCUAGUGCGUUGGAAGCUGCUGAAAAGGCUGGGAUACCCAAGAGCCGGGUGUACAUCAUCGAUCUCCCUGCCGAAUUUACUGGCUCGGCAAAGACACCAGCGGGCUUCAAGACGCUGGAACAGUUCAUUACCGCCGGAUACUCGCUUCCGCCACUUGAGAAGGCCAAAUGGGCACCUGGCCAAGCUGCUAAGCAGACGGCCUUCCUAUGCUAUUCUAGCGGCACCUCUGGUCUACCGAAAGGCGUCAUGAUCUCGCAUAGGAAUGUUAUGGCAAACACCAUGCAGAUCAAGACCAAAGAGCAGCCGGAACGGGAUAACCGUGUCAAACGCGGAGGAUCGGCUACGACAGUCAGCCUCGGUUUGUUGCCUCAGAGUCACAUCUACUCACUGGUUGUCCUCUGCCAUGCCGGCUCCUAUCGAGGAGACUCUCUGGUAAUCCUGCCCAAAUUCGACAUGGCUCAGUACCUGGGAGCCAUUGUGAAAUAUAAAAUCAACACACUCUUCCUCGUGCCUCCGAUCAUUAUUGCAAUGCUGCGUAACAAGGCAAUCUGUGAUAAAGUAGACCUCUCCAGCGUAUCUUCCAUCUUCACAGGAGCUGCGCCGCUGGGUAAGGAGACGGCUGAAGAGCUACAGGCCUGGAAACCAUCCUGGGCUAUAAAGCAGGGAUACGGCCUCACUGAAACAUGUACUGUGGUAUCAUCCACAAGCUUAUCCGACACCUGGCUGGGCUCAUCCGGCUGUCUCCUCCCUGGCUAUGAAGCAAGAGUCGUCUCUCCCGAAGGCGUCGAAUUGACCGGCUACGACCAGCCAGGGGAAUUGGUUGUACGAUCCCCUUCCGUCGUCCUGGGCUAUCUGAACAACCAAAAGGCCACCGCAGAGACCUUCCAGGACGGCUGGAUGCGUACAGGAGACGAAGUUGUCUUCCGUGUUUCCCCCAAGGGAAACGAGCAUCUCUUCAUCGUGGACCGGAUAAAGGAGCUGAUCAAGGUCAAGGGAAUGCAGGUUGCACCGGCUGAGCUUGAAGCACACGUCCUAUCUCAUCCUGACGUCGCCGACUGUGCCGUCAUCCCCGUACCAGACGAGAGAGCCGGAGAACUGCCCAAGGCCUUUGUAGUCAAGGGGGCGUCGGCUACCGGCAAAGACGACGCUGCCGUCAUCAAGUCGAUCCAGCUGUUUGUGGAAGAGCACAAGGCCCGGCACAAGUGGCUGAAGGGCGGCGUCGAGUUCAUAGAUAUCAUCCCCAAGAGCCCCAGCGGUAAGAUCCUCCGUCGUCUGCUUAGAGACCGCGAGAAGGAAGCUCGACAGAAGGCGAAGGCGAAGCUGUAG